GGUUCAUCUCAGUCAGCCAUGGAUCUUCCUGAGCUUCAGACGAGGACAUGGACACUAUUUGUUUGCAUAAGCUGCAUGUUUGUGGCUCCAGUGGUGGCCAGACCGCAGUACAUGGUAGCCACUCCUGCAGUAAUUGAAGCUGGAGCUCAGACCAAGUUCUGUGCGAGUCUCCUGCAGCCCAGUGAGACUCUGGUCAUGACCGUCACUCUGAUCUCCCAAGAGAAAAGGACGAUCCUCUUUGAGGAGACAACCAGCACAGAAUUUCAUACCUGUGUGCAGUUUCAGGCUCCUUUUGUGCAGGAAGAUGAGGUGCAGAAUUUCAAGGUAGAGGUACAAGGCGCCACGUUUCACUCAGAAGAAGUCAGAAAAGUCAUGAUCAAAAUCUAUCAACCCGUCACAUUCAUCCAAACUGAUAAACCAAUUUACCUCCCUGGACAAACAGUGCAUUUCAGAGUCAUCGCACUGGACACCAAGUUCAGACCAGUCAGCACGCUGUUCAACGUGAUUGAAAUUCAGGAUGCUAAUCACAACCGCAUUGGACAGUGGCUGAACAUCACAUCGAAUGGGAAAAUACUUCAGCUGUCUCACCCAUUGAACUCUGAGGCCCAUGAAGGAACCUACAGAGUUACGUUGUGGAUGAACAGAAAAAAAAUAGAGCAAAACUUCAAGGUGGAGAAAUAUGUUUUGCCCAAAUUUAAUGUAAAAAUAAAUGUAGCUGAUGAGAUAAGCGCUGGGCAGGACGAAAUCAAAGUGGAAGUCUGUGCAAAGUAUACAUAUGGACAGCCUGUGCCAGGCACUGUUGAACUGGUGAUGUGCCGACCUUCGUCAAAUUUCUAUAGUCUAAACCCUGACCCACGGGCCCCAUGUUACCAGGGGACGAAGCAGACAGAAAAGAAUGGCUGUGCCAUGUUUGUGACUGAGAUGUCCACUUUCACUAACGUUGGCACAAGUUUGCUGCAUGAUGAGCUGCGUCUCGUAGCCUCAGGGACGGAGGAGGGGACCGGUAUUUCAUUCUUACAAGGGAAAAAAGUGAAGCUUUCUCCCUUUUUUGGAUUGCUGUCCUUUAUUGACACACCCAAGAUUUACGACCAAGCAUUAAUUCUGGAAGGAAAAGUUAAAGCUGUUUACUUCAAUAAUACACCUAUUCCUGACAAGCUGGUCCAUUUGAGUCUUGAUGCAAUGUCUUCAUCACGUCUGCUGCAGAACCUCACAACAGACAGUGAUGGUGUCGCAGCUUUCUCCUUAAACACAACCAGCUUCAAAGGAAACAUUCUACUACUUGCAAGCCUCGCACAAACACCUGAGCCAUCACAUGUAACUCGACACUAUGAGACGGCACGUCACACAUUGUCCAUGGUCCAACCGCCUGCUCCUCAUAUUAAAUCAGUCAGCUUUCUGGAGGUGAAGGGGAAGGACGUACCCCUUCCCUGUGAAAAGGAAGAGAUCAUCUCCAUCCAAUACACAAUAGUAGGAGAGACACAGGGCUCUGUGGACAUCAUGUAUUUGAUCUUAUCCAGAGGAGCCAUUGUCACGCAAGGACUCAAAAAGGUGGACGUGCAAAAUAGUCAUGUGACUGAGGGCGAGGUGUCCUUUACGUUGAAGGCGUCUCCAGAGAUUGCACCAGUGGUCCAGGUUGUGGCUUACACCGUCCUCCCCAGUGAAACUGUGAUUGCACACAGUGCUGACUUCUCCACAGAGAAAUGCUUCAGUAACAAGGUGUCCGUGGAGUUUUCUCCAUCCUCAGCCGUACCAGGAGAGGAAGCCACCCUGCAGGUGACGGCCCAGCCGGACUCUCUGUGUGGUGUGAGUAUCGUUGACCUGAGUGUCCUCAUCAAGGAGCCAGGGAAGACUCUGGAUAAGGACAAGAUAUUUGACUUGCUGCCAGUUAAGAAAGCCUCCAGUUUCCCACAUGAUUUAGAAGAUCCUGUACCAUGUUUAAAUGUGAGACAAAGAAGAUAUAUUAGGCCAGACCAUGAUGACAACAGUGCCUAUGGAGUUUUCAUGAAAUUGGGCCUGAAGAUGGCAACAAAUUUGUUGUUUAGGAUGCCGUCAUGUGUGAACUUCAAGGGAACAGAAUACUACGUAAACCGCUUGUAUUUUAAGGAACCAAGGGUUAUGUACAUGACAACAUCAUCACUUGGGGGUCCCCCACCAUUUGUUACAGUCCGCUCUUUCUUCCCUGAGACGUGGAUAUGGAAUCUGGUGGAAGUUGGGGAAUCUGGAACGAAGGAUGUGUCCCUCACCGUCCCCGACACCAUCACCACCUGGGAGACGGAGGCUUUCUGUUUGUCCCCUCAGGGUUUUGGCUUGGCUCCUCGUAAACAGUUCACUGUCUUCCAGCCGUUCUUCCUCGAGCUCAGCCUGCCUUACUCCAUCAUCCGAGGGGAGCACUUUGAACUGAAGGCCACCACCUUCAACUACCUGUCCAGCUGCAUUAUGGUCACUGUAACUCUGGCCCCAUCCUUAGAUUACACUGUCACCCCUCUCUCUGGCAACCAGUACACAUCCUGUCUGUGUGCCAAUCAACGCAAAACACUCAGCUGGGCCAUGAUCCCCUCUGUCUUAGGGGUUGUGAAUGUGUCAGUAACUGCUGAGGCUGUGGCAUCUCACAUGUCGUGUGACAAUGAGAUCGUGAGCGUGCCAGAGAGAGGUCGCAUUGAUGUGGUCACACGACCUCUCAUAGUAAAGGCUGAGGGAAGUGAGAUGACAAAAGCCUACAACUGGCUGCUCUGUCCUAAAGGAGAAGCUUUGACAGAAGAAAUAGAACUACUACUCCCUGAGAAUGUGAUCGAUGGAUCUGCCCGUGCUACGCUAUCAGUGCUGGGUGACAUUCUGGGUCGAGCCCUGAAGAACCUGGAUGGACUGCUGAAGAUGCCAUAUGGAUGUGGCGAGCAGAACAUGGCGCUCCUGGCCCCUAAUAUCUACAUCCUCCAAUACCUGAAAAACACACAGCAGCUGACCACAACUAUCAAGGAAAAAGCUACCAACUUCCUGACCAGCGGGUAUCAGAGACAGCUUAACUACAAGCACUAUUAUGGUGCUUACAGUACAUUCGGAACAGGAGUCGGGAACACCUGGCUGACUGCUUUUGUGCUAAGAUCCUUUGUCAAAGCACAGUCUUUUGUCUACAUUGACCCAGAGAAGAUUCAACAGACUAAGGAUUGGCUGGAGAGUAAACAACAAGAAAAUGGCUGUUUUGAGCAGUCAGGAACACUCUUCAACAACAGAAUGAAGGGCGGUGUGUCUGAUGAAGUGACCCUCAGCGCUUACAUCACUGCUGCCUUCUUGGAGAUGAACAUAUCAGUAACUCAUCAUGCAGUGAACAGGAGCUUGUCUUGCCUCAAUGAGUCCAUCAGUGACCUCAACAACACCUACACCACAGCACUGCUGGCGUACGUCUUCACCCUGGCAGGAGACAUGGAGACCCGUGCUCACCUUCUGGAGCAGCUUGACAAGGUUGCAUUAAACCAAGGAGGUUUCCUCCAUUGGUCUCAGACAGCAACAGAAACGUCAGCCUCUCUGUCUGUGGAGAUCAGCUCCUAUGUGCUGCUGGCCAAACUCAGUGCCUCUCCUACUGCCGAAGACCUGGCUUAUGCCCACCGCAUCGUCAGAUGGCUCACAGGGCAGCAGAACCAAUAUGGUGGUUUCUCCUCCACACAGGACACAGUGGUGGCUCUUCAGGCUCUGGCUCUCUACUCCACUCUGGUGUUCAGUCUGGAGGGUUCAAGCACAGUGACAGUCCAGUCCUCCAGUGGCCAGCUGACAUUUGAUGUGAAUCAGGACAACAAGCUGCUCUACCAGGAGGAGGUGCUGAAAGACGUGACAGGAAAGUACAGCCUGGAGGUGAAGGGCACUGCAUGUGCUUCAAUGCAGAUCUCCCUUCACUACAACAUCCCAACUCCUGCUGAUGUUACAACUCUUAGUGUGGAGGUCAAACCAGUGAUGAGCUGCAUAUCGCAGAGACCUAAACUCACUCUGGAGCUGACGUCCCUAUAUAGUGGGGAGCAGACCAGUACGAACAUGGUGAUCCUGGAUAUCAAAAUGCUCUCUGGAUUUGUCCCACACCCUCAGUCUUUGCAGAUGCUCAGAGGUGCCCUGCCAGUGGCUCGUAUUGAACAAAACACAGAUCAUGUUCUUGUGUACUUGCAAGGGUUACCAAAGGACAUACCCACCAACCACAGCUUACAGCUGGUACAGGAGCACCCAGUGCAGAACCUGAAGCCAGCUGUGGUCAAGAUCUAUGACUACUAUCAGCCAAGUGACCAAGCUGAGACAGACUACAUAUUCUCUUGUGCUGCAGCCUAAAGACUUAAGUGUUGCCACCCUUUCAACCUCCAGGCUCAUUCUGAAAAGAAUAAAUACAUAUUAUAAAGUCAACACA